AUGUCUACAAACAAACCCACCAAGAGUUUUAUAGUCAUCGGAAUUGACUUUGGAACCACUAAGAUCUGGAGCCACGCAAUGGAUAACAUUGAGUCCAAGCUUGGGAAGGAGCUGGUGCAGAAUUCUGAAUUCCAAGUAGUGGUUACAUUACCCGCCAUCUGGCCUCCCUACGCACGGUAUCGUAUGGAGCAGGCUGUUGAAGUUUCCGGGAUUCGCAGUCCUAGACCCUGCGGUAACACUACCGUUUGCUUCAUCUCCGAGCCGCAAGCAGCAGCGCUGGCUAACAUGCAUGACUUUCGGGAUACGUCAACUGUGAAGGCAGGAGACACUAUGGUUAUUUGUGACGCUGGAGGUGGCACAGUCGAUCUCGUCAACGGUAUGGUUGAAUCUACCGAUCCAUUUGUCGUCGAAGAAUGGGUUGAAGGUGAAGGCGAGUUGUGUGGAGGCGUGUUUCUUGACGAAGAGUUCCUGGAGCUCAUCAAAGGAAAAGUCACCCUAGGCUCAUGGCCAAGCCUGCAGCGGUCCGACAUCCGGCAGGAAUCUGAAGCGAUGAAAGGCCAUUGGCCUUACAAGAUCGAGGCACUUAUCGGUCAUCAGAUCAAUGCUGUUCAAAAGAAAUGUCGCAGAACAACCAUUUACAUCGUCCUUGUUGGAGGAUUCGGUCGCAGUCCCUACCUCUUCAGCCGACUGAAGACGACAUUUAACGCGACGGUCCUACGAUCCAAAGGGGACAAACCCUGGACGGCAAUUUGCCGCGGUGCUGUCAUUUAUGGCAUCAAUGGCCACGGCCCUGAAGCGAGUCUUGGACCAGAGAUUGACACCCGAGUUGCUCUGAGAAGCUACGGAGUAUUGUCAGACACCCUAUUUCGACCAGACGAGCAUAUUGGAUGCGAGAAGUACUGGUCAGAGGAUGACCAAGUUUGGAAUGGUUCAUACGCGAGUUGCACUGAGUCUCCGCCGCCCAAGGUAUGGGAUUCAAGUAUGGAACCGCUGUGUGCGAUCCAAUGGACAGGCGACAUCAACAUCGAGUUGCUCCCAACGCAGACCACCCCUCUUGGGAAAGUCCUUCGCAAGGUUGUAUAUGUCAUCGAAAUGAAUUAUGAAGAUGGAUGGGCGGACUUCACUAUCUAUUCCCAGGGUAUGCGCGUUGGUGCCCACCAUGUCAAUGUCGAGUUACGUUAA